CAUUGACCCCGGCUGGGGAAGUGCGUUGGUGCGAGGUAGAUUCUGUUGCGUUUAAUUUGCAAUCAUGUUCCUUGAAUUUCCAUUAAAUUUAGAAAAUAAAUAGGAAAUAUGUUGAAUAAUUCUAUGCAGUGCUAAAAAAUGGAUUAAAAAACAUGCCUUUGGAGGUAUUAUUAGUGAUACAAGCUAAAACUAGAAGCCACUGAAGCUCAUUCGCGGAUCAAAGAUGGCAGCCGAAUCGGGGGUAUUCCCUGAUCGUGUUAUCAACAAACCCGAGCAAGGUGUUGAGAAAAAGCUGCGAUUGGCCACGCUAAUGGAAAAACUACGAGCUCGCAACCCACAGCACAAAUCCUGGGUGGAUAAGAAAUUAUCAAGAAUACCCAAUAUGACAGAAAAACGCCAUUUUGAUACUGCUGAUAAACCUCUUAUACAAAAAUGUUUGGAUACAUUACAAAAAGCAAUUAAAGUGUGUAAUAAUCAAUCUAUGUUAGAGAGAUUAGAAUCUAUAGCGAGACAGGUUGGUUUGAAUUAUAAUACUACAAACGAUGUUCAGGUAUUUAUAUCAUCCGAUAUGUUCUACAUCGAAGUACAGUUGGAUAAAGUUGUUGGGAAGGUGAAAGAUGUUAAAAUAGUCCAUCAGGGAGAUCCAGUCAGUUGUCCUGAAUUAACAGAAAUAUUACAAAAUGGACAGUUUGAUGAAUUUGUCACACAUCUCGAAGGUCUUCAAAAAAUUUAUUCACUGAGUGGAGAUAAGAAAAUAAAAACUAAAGCAUAUUUGGCUUUACAGUCUAUUGAGAAAGAUCUCAAUAGUUUAGCACAACUUCAAAGUUCUAUUAAUGGUGUGGCCAAAUACAUUCAUAAGUCACCAUUAGGUAUUUUAUUACCUAGAAAGGGAGGGUUACCCAUGGAAUUGAUGUAUUUUGUAUCACCAUACGAUUUAUUAGAUAAAUUAACUAAAACGGCCCAUCCUUUAACAGUAGAAGCUAUAACCGAGUAUAAUUUAGGUCAGAGAGUAACUAUCUGUAUGGAACCAGGUCCACCGAAUAAAUUACAAACCAUGCCGUUAAUGACAGUCAAUAAAAUGCCUGAUGGUAAAAGUUUACCAUCAUUUACUGAUAUUACAAAUGUCAAUAGUCACUUACUACCAGCCUGCUUUACACUAGUAUUAAAACAAGCUAUACCUGUAGCAUUAUCUGUUGUCCAGAAGAUCCAGUCUAUUACACAUAUAGAAUUUGGUAAUAGUGAUGAUGUCAAGCCAUUAAUAGAUCUAUUGAUGCAGCAAUAUUCUAACGGACAAAUACUCAACAACCAGAAAAAACUACAUGUCUCGUUACCCGACCAGCAUCAUGUAUAUUAUUUAAACGGUGUAAAUGGUGGUUCGUUAGAUCAGCCUGGUAUAAUGGUGUCUACUAUUCCUUUCAUUCAUCCAACCAACGUACCCAACAUAUUAAACCAUUUACGUCAACAACUGUUGUUUAACACAGUCGUUAGUAAUAUGAUUCGGCCACACUCUAAACCAGAAUUAUCUCAUUCAAUAGUGUGUGAACUAACCACAAUCUCCAUGCAGCAAUUAAUGGUUACCUUUGAACAUCCAGCACAUGAUGCCAUAGUUACAGUUGAGAUGGAUUUAUCAGAUAUAACCAGUUUAAGAUGUCGUGUCAACACAAGUUCCGAACUCAGUCUCUGUACUGAUGAUUUCGCCUCAAAAAUAUUUCAAAGAUGUAUGUCCGUACCAGUCACAGUGAGAUCCAUAUUAAAACACGGGAAAGACAUGUUAGAGAAGGCCACAGUAGAAGCUGUAGCCGCCAUGCAACCCCCAGUUUUACCCCCGGUCGUCAAACCCCGACCACCCCCUUACAUACCCCCUCCUCAACAACAAAUACACCCACCAGCUAUACUACCAAAUAACCAUCCAAUGGACAACUAUCCAAGACCACCGCCAUAUUCAGACAUACGCUCCAGCAAUCACGAAAUGGUAUCUCCACCUGGCAGUGGAGGUGGCGUUGGUGAUCGCGUGGAAAAGAUGACUCCGUUGCUAGCCACAUUGUUAGAUCACGACGGUGAACAACCAUCAGACAUGACAGAUAGUCCCAUGUUGUCCAGACUUUUAGAAGAACAUCCGCAACAUUCGCAACCGCAGCUCCCGCAACCGCAGCUCCCCCAACCACAACCCCCUAUGACUACAAAACCCCAAAUUCAACAAAAACGGGUCCGCAAACGAAAGUCUGCAUCCGAUGUGUUUUCUGGGAGGAGUCCUAAGCAUAGAAUAAGUGACAGUAGCAGUGGAAUGGAUCGCAUGGAUUCCUUUGACAUGGAUAAUUCAAGUAGCCCUUUUGACGCAGGUGGUGGAGGAGGCGGAAUGGGGAGUAAUUUCCAAGCAUCGGGAUCUCUCGGUAGUGUCAUUGAUCUUACUGAAGAUGCAUUCGGGGCAGAAUCUAAUCUAAAAAAAUUGGCCGACAGCGUGGAUAGCUUGAUUCCGCGAGGAGACAUGAGCCGUCAGAACAGUAUCCAAGACUCUGAACUGACAGCACUGCUGGCGGAAAACGAUCUCGGAGGACGGAGUGUAAUUUCUAGAAGUUCACCACAGAGUUCAAAAAACGAGAAGGCCUCUAUCUCUCUUGAGGGUCUCCUCAGUGAGGUGGGAGAUAAUGACGAGGCUCAAGACCCUAUUCUUGCCAACCGACUAACGGCAUCCCUACUCAGUGCCAAGCCGGGAAACCAAAGAGGAGAGCGUUACAACUCGACCCUUGAUGUACACUUGCGCAACGAACUCUUCGGUGAAGAAGAGGACAAAGCUAAAACGGUACAGCAGUUGUUAAGUCAUCGUGUAUCGCAACAUGAUUUACUCGAUUCAAAAUAUCCGCCAUACGGAAAAGGCAGCCUUAAAGUGAAUUCAGAUAUUCAAAACGAGAAAAAAGAAUUUACUGGGAUUUUUGAAAAGUUGGAAAAUUUAAAAGGCGAGCAGUUAUCUAUGAAGAAGGAGAAAAUUGAACUGGGUGAAAUGAUGCGAUCGGAAGUCGGUGUUGGUAAUCAAGUCAUGAAAUUAAAACUAUCAGCAUCUGGUUUGCGUUCUAACGAAAGUCGAAUUUCUUCCUCUUCCCCUGCGUACUCGAGUGAACCUGUGACCAAUAAGAAAUCAGGAUCGUGUACUUACGAUUUUCGGAGUGAUGAAUCGGACGACGAACCGCCUCCGACGUUAGGGAUCAGUUCGGAACGAUUAUCAAUGACAGUUUAUUCUCAGUCUCCCACGAGACUUCAGAUAUCAAACAAGUCAAAAAACUCGCACGAUGCUCUGCUCAAGAAAAGUGAUAAGUAUAAACGAAAGGAGGCUAAGUAUAGCUCAAAAGGAGAAUCUGUGAAGCGCAAAAAACUGAAAGAAGAAUCGAAAAAAGAACGGAAAAAGCGUAAGCUGAAUGAAAGCAAUCGGUAUGUGCAACCAGUUAAAGAGACCCUGUAUCGUUCUGUGGAGAGUGAUGAACGGACCGUCACCAAAUUAAAAAUACGGGUGGCUAAAGAACCACCGGUGGUGACACCUAUUUCUCCUGAAAAAGAAAAACCGCCAGCGGGAGAAAUGUUGAGAAAACAGCUGGUGGAGAAAUUUGUGGUAUCGCGUCAAGAUUCAAAGGAGACGACGAAAGAGCGACCAAUUCAAAAAUCACCCCAUCGGUCAAAGUUAUCCGCAAAUUCUCAGGGCAGCUCAGAGAGUGGGAAAUCUGAUCCGAAACUUGCGAAGGCAACGAUUCGUUUAAAACCUCUUCAUAUUCCUCAUUCAGGUUCUUCAGUUACUGUUAACGCCGGACAAAAAUCUGCUGGUAUUACGGGAAAAACCUCAGGUGAAAUCAAACUCACAAAAUCUAGCAACUCGAGUAAAACACUACUUUCAGGAAACCGAACAUCCUCUCCAAGUUUGAGUGCUUCAAAUAAAAAUAGUGGUUCAGGAACUGUGACUAAUUCGGGGAAGAUAUCCUCACCCAAUAUCAGUGGUAUUGGUAGGACUACUUCAUCUCCUAAUCUAACGGGUGCUGCAAAAACUGCUUCUCCGAAUAUUUCUAGUAAAAACGUUCUUUCUCCUAGUUUAAGUGCUACAGGUAAAAUAUCUUCACCAAGUUUAUCAGGAUCAGGAAAAAUUAAUUCACCGAGUUUAAGUGGUUCCGGUAAAAUUAACUCUCCGAGUUUAAGUUCGGGAAAAACAUCCUCACCUGUUUUAAGUGCUUCGGGAAAGACAUCUUCUCCAAAUCUGGGCAAUUUAGGGAAGUCUAGUUCUUUGAAUAAAACGUACAAUUCUGCGAAUAAAGGAAGUGGAGCAGGAAACACGAAUAAAUCAAGUUCCUCUAAAUCAAGUUCUCUAUCCAGCUCCAAAUCAGCAAGUUCGCUAAACUCCUCCAGUCGUAGCGCUGGAUCCAGCUCCAACAGUUCGAGUAAAAGUUCGAAUUUAUCCAAAUCAUCAUCUACCUCAACAAUGGGUAACCAGAACACAAGUAUGUCAAUGUCUGCUUAUCUACCCAAUGCCCCGUCUGCUAGUAAAGUUGCGCGUCUGCCUCCCAUCCCAAAACUAUCUUCUUCACAAUCUUCAUCUCAGGCAUCUUCUAUCUCUCACUCCUCCGCUUUACAUUCCCCUCCAUCCCAAUCUUCAUCAUCAGCUUAUUCCUCUUCUUCUUCUAAUACUCUCACUCAAUCAAACUCUGCUUCUUCUACUUCUGCUACUUCUGCUAAUGAAACGGCAUCGUCCAAUAAGAGCAGGACGAACGUUGAACCCAUGGUGCGUGGGCGACGAGGGUCUUUAUCAGCCGUCAUUGAUAAGCUCACGAAGGCUACCGGAAGUUCUGGUUCGGUGACUGAAAAUACGGAGAGUUCAUCAAAGACUGGUAAUUAUAGCGAGGGGACGACGAAUAGUCGGGAUCCUCGAACUUUUAAUAAAAAUGAAAAUAAAUUAGAAAGGAAUGCAAGUGUGAGCAGUGAAAAAGUUAAAAGUGAUUUCCCAGAUCGGAAAGCUAUGCGUCCUGAUUCUAUUAACAUUGAAAAAUACAGCAACAAACCGCGGAAUUUUGAAAAUUCGGUUGGUAAACCACCUGUGCAGAAAUCAUCGCCAACAAUGGCGGCACAUGGCUUUAAUAAAGUGACUAAGGGGGAUUACACCAAUGUGAAUAAAAGACCAGUGAACAAUAUGGCCGACACAUUGUCAAAUCAAGGAAAAUCUCGCUCGUCUUCGGAAUCUGUUGCUUUAUCAUCCAGUCGUAUUAACAAUUUGCUAGCGUCGUCGAAAACGUCUCGUGUCGCUAGUCCCACUUCAAUGAAAUCUAGUCCCGGUAUACUUAAAACAGGUUCAAAUUCCCAAUUUGGGCCAAUUAUUGAUGAAAAUAACUUGCAAAAAAGCAGCAAGAGCAAUGACUCUAUUCCCAAACGUGAACGAUCUCACACACCCACGAACUCUUUGACUCGCGAAGAUCCACGAUUGGUUCAAAGUAGCCAAUCGUUAGCUAAUUCUACAACAAGUACGACUAGUAAUGUUAAUAAAUCCGAACCAGAGAAAUCGAAAAGUAUUCAGCCAGUGCCGAAAACUGUGAGUCCUAUACCACAAGUUUUAGAUUUAUCAAUUUCCGAAAAAAACAUUCCAUCUCCUAAAAUAACAAACCAUGGUUCUCCUUUCGUCCCGAAAUUUAAUGGAGAGAUUCACAAAGAGGAGAAAGAACACUUCAAAGUUCCGACCCCAAAGCCGCAAACGCCUGAAAAGGAAGCGGAAGAAUUUGGCAGCCCCAAGUGUAGAUCAGUGACGCCAAAUAAAAACAAUAUGAGUCCGCGAAGUGAUGCUAGUAGUCCGGAAAAUAACGGUCUUGUGAUAGAUUGUGACGGCACGCCAACGUCAAAUGACGGUCCGUCUCCAAAACCACGCACAGACAAUCCAUGUAGUGUUAAACUAGACCUGAGUGACGAACACGUCGCUACCGCCAAAAAAAGUUCUUUAGUAAAAACAAAAUCCUCGUCCAGUUUAAAGGAAGUAACUCCACCUGAUUCUGCUACAAGUCCGAUCUCAAACACGAACUCUCCGUGUGAAAUUGAUGAUGAACUAAUGGACCAGGCUUUAUUAGGGUUAGAUGAAUAACGUUCGUUGACUGUUAGUGUUGUGUUAGGUUAUUGGAUUAACAUGUGUGUAUUUAUUGUGCUGUGAAAUAGUUAAAUUCUGUACGUGUAAAAUGUAGAAUGAUUUUAGAUUGUAAAAUUUUGAGAUAUUUUUAUUUCGUUAUAAGUUUAUUAUGAAUAUUUAAAGUGAUAUAUGAAGCUGCUGGUCUGAUCUUUUUCUUGCUGUUCUUUCAAUUUUUUAAUAUUUUAUUAAGCCCCCCCCCCCCCCCCCCCUAAAUAAAUCAAUGUUGCUCUAUCUUAACUGGAAUUUAAAGAGACACUAAAGAUGCAUUAUAUAAGAUUUAAAUAAAGAAAUGGCCGUUCUGUUCUUGUGAUAAUAAAUACAAAAUUGAAAUGAUAUCCAAAUUACUUUAUUCUGUACAAAGUUAUUUCUGCUUGAAGUUUUGACACAACGUGGGAUAGAUCGUUAUUCAUUCUCCAUUUUUAAAUUAAAUCCUUCAAUUUAAAUGGUGAUCGGUUUUUAAUCCUUUGAAUUUCCACCAUCCGAUGUUCUAGAGUGUUGACUAUAGGCUUAUCAUCUGAAUAAAUGUAUAAAUAUUGGUCAUAUAACAUUUGGAGCCCAAAAUAAAAACCGACAAUACGCAUAUUUAGCAAAUGGAAUAAUCUAUCUUACUUAUAUCUUGUCUUAAUGUAAUUAAACACAAUCCUGCCUAAAUAAUGCCCUAAUUAAUAUUACUGUAUUUGUCUAACUUAAGAUGGUGGUCUGAAAUCAAUGGACUGUAAACUUUAAAUUGAUUUCAUUCUCAAUUAGUUUAUUUGAAUAAUAUUUACAAAACAAUAUAUUUUUAGAUAGCGUAUAACUCUAUCCCGUGGAACAUUUACACAAACAACCACGGCCCCUAAAGCACAUGAGCCUAUAGAAAGUGGUUACCAAUCGAUUUUUAAAUUUUUUAUUGUGAUUUCUAAUCAGUUAUGCUCGGUGUGAGCAGUGCUAAUCGAAUAUCAAUUGUAUUCUGUAUUCCAACUUUUUACUCGAUUGUCUAUAUUUGGCAUUGAAAGAAUAAAAUCCCGGAAUUUUCAAUCGAGUAGCCCAAUAGCCAUACCUUUAUAUAGUAAUCUUCAUUGAAUAUAUUUUCUCAGAUAAAUUAUAAUUAUGUCAAUAAAUAAUAUGUAUAAACAAUGUAAAUCUGAUUAAAAAACCUAUCCUA